ACACCAUAAAAUACACUUGAGGUAGACCAGGUUUAUUAGUUAGUUUUACUUUCGCACUAGUGAAAAUAAAAUGGUGGAAAAAUGCAUUAUUUCAACAUUCGAGAAGGAGAUGAAUGGAAGGGUUAGAAAAUUUUGGGUUCAAGUCCUGCCAGACGAUCAAAAAGAUAAGACCAUUGAUUAUUUCUGCAAAUAUUUCAUAAGGGAUGAACCCCUGAGUAAAUCAUUAAAACUCGUAGAAGAUGAGGAGUCCAUGAAAUUUAUAGUCCACUUCUGGCGGAAUAUAUUGGAACAAAAUAAAACUUUGGCUUGUUUCACCGAGCUCGAUAACGGACAAAAGGAAUUGGUGGCUGCUAAUUUAUGUUACCAAACCUCCAUUACAGAAGAAUUGAUGAAAAAAAAAGAGGGAAUUCCAGAGGCAAUGAAACAAGUCCUCGAUACUUUACACUACCUCAAUAAUAAAUCAAAAGAUUUAUUGGAGGGACUAGGGAUAAGAGAAUAUUUAGGAGCUGUCGGUCUAGUGACCAUUCCUGGAUAUCGAGGUUUCAAUAUUGGACUUGAAGUUUUGAAAGCAAGGAAAUUUCUUUGCGGAGAAUUAGGAUUGAAUGCAUCUAUAACAACGUUCACGGGGCCUGCAUCUCAAAGGUUGGCUGAAAAAGUGGGAUUUAAGGAUCUUGUGUCCAUAACUUAUGACGAUUUAGAAAAACUUGAGCCUUCUUUUAAAUAUCCGAAUAUAAAUGAAUAUUCUAAGUGCAUCAGACAUAUGUAUAAUCUGUACGAAUAAUUGUACAUAUAUGAAAUUCAAUAUAUUUAUGUGAAGAAAA